CGACCGAACCGAACGACGACUCGAAGUGCUGAAAACGGAACUAUUGAUGUUCCGGUGAAAACCCAAGUGCUCUAAAACGAAUUGUCGGCAAUUCGGCGUAGUUUAAACUAUAAUCGGCGUUCGUAUACGCCAUCGGGGAAGGAGUGGAAACAGUGCCAGAAUGCUUAAGCACUCUGCGCAGUCCUUACUAUUAAUUCUUGGUGCGUCAAUUCUCUGUUGUCUACCGCGCGUUUCGUUUGUGCAAUGCUUUCCGAAAGUGUUUCGAAGUAACGAAAUCUGUGGAGCAUACAAUGGUCACCGGGUGUACUUCGAGCUAGGAGAUCGUGGUCAACUGCAAGCCACAAAUGUGACUGUGGCGCCUUAUCUCCCUAGAACGACGGGGGCCAAUCAAACAACCGCCAACGUGUGCACCCUGGAACUGGUAACCUGUCCAUCGUGCAAUUUUAAAAUCUCAUUAAGUUACUCCAACUUUCCCACCAAAUGCCCCGUGCACAAUGAACCACCGUGUCGGUGCGAUUAUCUGGAAUUUAUCGAGCCACCGUUCGAUGAGACGGACUUUAGCGGUCGACGAAACUGUGGUCACGAUGUCGUCUACCAAACUCAGACGCGCUCGGUGAUGAUCAAGUUCGUUUACUGGAGCAACCACUCGCACGCCUUCACCUUGGAUUAUGUAGCGGAACGGAAUCGCGAAACAAUACAAGCCAACCCUGGCCCUCCGCCGAAUGUAACGGACAUCGGUAGCGUCCAGCAGCAUCGAGUUAUAGCGACACCUCACUUUCCCUCGUACUAUCCGAGGGACUUCGGGAAGGAGUAUGUCCUAAGCUGCAAUGUGGAAGCGUGUCGGAUAAAUGUCAUGUUUAGCGACUUUCAACUCGCUAAGACUUCAACGAUGGAUUUCUACGACUGGAACGGGCAACGGUUGUGUGCCGUUUCAGGGGCGAUUUUUCGUCCUCCAGUAGUGCAAAGUACGGGACCUUCGAUGAUUAUCCGUUUCUACGCGAACGGUGGAUCGGCAUUGGGCUACCGUGGCCAGGUUUCCUUUCUGAACGUUGCCAGCUCCACCGAUCGGUCACUCCACCCGAACACCAACUGUGGCGGUGUGGUGGAAAACAUUGGUGGGGCCAUCACCAUGAUGAAGAUGGUUCGUGCUGCAAACGAAAGUCAAAUCUACGACUGCGUUUGGCUCGUCAAACCGCCCAAUACGUACUCCCAUCUGAAGACGCAUCUAUCGCUUCGGGUGGACACCCUGGAGAAGCUUGGGCCCAAUUCAAUGCUAACGAUCAUACAGGGAACUACCUCGGAUGGGGCGGUCCUCAGCAUGGUCAAGCCUGAUGGUAGUGCGUCGAAAAGGGAACUAAUAGUUCCACUAACGUCAGGAUUCUACGUUCAUCUGAGAGCCACAUUUGGCUCACUGUCACGACUGGCACUGGUUUACUCAGCCUUCAGCUAUAUGGAUUGCUACAUGGGCACGGAGUUUCUUUGCCAGAACCGAAAGUGCAUUCCGAUACAGCUGCACUGUGACGGAUUUGAUCAUUGCGGAGACAACAGUGAUGAGCCCGAAAGCUGCGUGCAGGAGUGGGCCGCCGAACCGUUGGAUCGGCGCUGGUAUGCGCAUACACCGAACUACUACUUCCCGAAGAUGGAUCGCUACCCGGAUCUGCGCACUGCCACCAUCAUCUUCAUUGCCAGCAGUUUGGGUCUGAUCAUGUUGAUAUCGGCACUGAUCGUUCUGCUGUAUCGCACCGGAAACCGGGCCCGACAGCAGCGCGAACUGCACAGUCAACUGCAGACCAUCAGUGAACUGUUAGUGAGUGUUAUACAUACAGACAGUAACGCUACGCACGGACCGGAAGAGAUGGACGAUCCACCAAACUACGAAGCGCCCCCGGAUUACGAUGAGAUCAUCAAGAUCGGUAUGGAUGACGAGAUGAGGCGAAAACGGCGUCGCCACUCGUCGUCAGCUUCGGGACGACAGAGUCGCAUGAGACGUUCACGUCGCCCGAGUAACGCUUCGUCGGACCAUCCGAUUCUGGAGGUUGAAUUGCCGCCGGAAGGGGAGUCUACACCGACAACGAGUGGUUACUCGAGAGGCAUGGUUUUGGGUCUGGACGAAGGCGACUUUGAAGAUAGUGACGCUUACGAACGCUACUCAGAUGCGGAACCUGAAGACAAUAAUCUGCGGGUGGUGUCCAAUUGGAAUCGAAUGGAUCGAGAUGAUUUCUUUAUCAGCUCUCGCAUACUAGAAACUCCAGCGUCGUCUUCGGGUACGGGCCAGAGCAGUGGCCGUGGCACAGGCUCGUCCAGUCCUCCGCCCACGUACGACCAGAGUAAUGCUCGAUUCUAUGCGAGCCGUACCGACACCGUCCUCGCGUGCCCAUCGAUCAGCAUUUCGGGCGGUGGGCCGCGCAUCCUUGCGGAAGACCCUAUUCCGAACUCGCUCGGAGUAAGCUUUCUUCCCAACAUCGUUGCAUUUGCUGGUACGCCUGGAACUACUCAACCCUCAACACUAGUGGCAUCCAGUACCGUACCUUCGAACAACAAUCAAUCAGUGGAUCGUGACAACAACAGCGACAAUCCAGAAAUUGUCCAGCCAGCUGUUACUACAACAGCUAGUAACAUGUUCCCCGCCAGCAUUUGGAGUGAUCCUAGUCAAACGAACCCUGCCUGGCAAGCGUUUACGGGCAGCCUAGAUGAAGAAAGAUCGGUACAACCGGUUCCUACGGGCACUGUAGCAAUGGCCACACCAAACUAUAUCGAUCUGCACCAAAUACAGGAACUGGAUUCCUAUUUGAUUGGCUUUGGACAUAACGCUUCGGACGAUAAUGAAUUAUCCUCUAGUCAGGAGACAAUCAACUCUGACCGAACUGCGUUGACACACCUUACUGCAUCCGCGACCACGUCCUUCCGAAGUCCUUGUUUGUGUCAAUCGAUCAAUCGAUCGUUUCAUCAAAUCCAAAGCGGAGGCACCAGUUCCGACGCGGCAACAGCAAAUAUCGCCUACAAUGUACUCUGCAGGCAUUGUCCAGUCUGUCGGAAUCAUCAAAGAGCGCAACUACACAGCAAUCCCUCGUCCAUACCGGGUCCAGGACCUGCAGCAGACCAUUGUUCGAUCUGCAAUGGUCGUAUCGUAAUGUCCCAAGCUAUGCAGCAGAUGCGACAAUCGACGCUGCUUUACUCCGAGCAGACGCUGGAAAACGACCAACAGCCAUCAGCAAGCUCGGAGCCGGUCAAGAUUUGUACGUGUUUUGGUCGGUUUCCAUCGCAGGGAAGCAUAACCAGGACAACUUCCGCCACUAGGACGCUACUAUCCACGCGUACUUAUUCGGUGGAUCAGCUAGAUAGCGGGCGCUUUUCAGGAGCAAAUGACCGACGUAGUGCUCCAAGUUCUAGUGGGGCCGUACCGAAGCGUAACGUUCAAUGUACUGAUGUUCACCGAUCAGCGGUAAAUGAGCGACGGCAUGAAGUGUGACGAGGCUGCUAUCUAGUGUUAUUUUAGUAUGUACUGAGUAUUGU